AUGUCCAACGGCAGCUCCAUCACUGAGUUCCUCCUCCUGGCAUUCGCAGACACACGGGAGCUGCAGCUCUUGCACUUCUGGCUCUUCCUGGGCAUCUACCUGGCUGCUCUCCUGGCCAAUGGCCUCAUCAUCACUGCCAUAGCCUGCGACCACCACCUCCACACCCCCAUGUACUUCUUCCUCCUCAACCUCUCCCUCCUCGACCUUGGUACCAUCUCUAUCACGGUCCCUAAAGUGAUGGCCAACUCACUCUCAGACAACAGGUCCAUCUCCUAUGCAGGAUGUGCUGCUCAACUCUUUCUGAUUGUCUUCCUGCUUGGAGCUGAGUACGCCCUUCUCACUGUCAUGGCCUAUGACCGCUACGUUGCCAUCUGCCAACCCCUGCACUACGGGACCCUCCUGGGCAGCAGAGCUUGUGUCCACAUGGCAGCAGCUGCCUGGGGCACUGGGUUUCUCAAUGCUGUACUGCACACGGCCAAUACAUUUUCUAUACCACACUGUCAUGGUAAUACUGUAGAACAGUUCUUCUGUGACGUUCCCCAGAUCCUCAAGCUCUCCUGCUCAGACACCUACCUCAGGGAAGUUGGGCUUCUUAUUUUAAGCUGUUUUUUAGGUUUUGGCUGUUUUGUUUUCAUUGUGCUGUCCUAUGUGCAGAUCUUCAGGGCUGUGUUGAGGAUCCCCUCUGAGCAGGGACGGCACAAAGCCUUUUCCAUGUGCCUACCUCACCUGGCCGUGGUCUCCCUCCUUGUCAGCACAGGCAUAUUUUCCUACCUGAAACCCCCCUCCAUCUCCUCCCCAUCCCUGGACCUGGUGGUGACUGUUCUGUACUCGGUGGUUCCUCCAGCAGUGAACCCCCUCAUCUACAGCAUGAGGAACCAGGAAAUCAUAGAUGCCCUGUGGAAACUAUUUGAAUACAAUCUACUUCAGAUCAAGAAGACCCCCAUUAUCCCACCAGGGCUCCCUCUAGAGUCAGGGGAUGUCAGUGAGAACAAGGUGAUGGCUGAUGGCUUUAACAAGUCCUUACAGCCACAUCUGAGCCCAGAAAUGGAAAGCAGUGGAUCUGUAUGGGUGGUGGAGGAGGAGGAGGAGGAGGACGACGAUGACGAUGACGACGAGUUUUUUGCUGGGAAGGUGGCAGAAAGAAAGUCCCUUCUUGUGCACAUCAGAGAUAAGGAAGAUGUUUCCAUCUUGUGCGCAUGCCUCAGCCUGGCAGAUAGGGAAUGCCCGCUGCUGGGGGUGGCUGUGCUCAGUCAUGCCUCAGGAGCUGACCUUGCUCUCUUCCCCUCCUUCACUCCCCACACUUGGAUGGACCACAGGAAACAUCCAUGA